GGAACACACACGGUUCAGCAGAGCCGUCCCAUUCGAGGAAACCUUCCCCUCCGCUAAAGCAGCGCCGUGAUGGCGUCCAUGACUGUGUCUCCGCACUCUACACGAGAGUCCUUGAAGCGAACGCGCAUGGUGGCGUCUCCCAUCGACUCGGGGUUCCCUGUAAUUAACGAGGAUGCGUCGGCGCGGCUCAUCAAACGGCGCUGCAUUCCACAGGACGUCCCCUGUGAGGACGACUUGCCCAAGUACACGCAGCGGCAAUUCGAAUACAUCGAACAAGUGAAAAUCUCGGACUUGAACCGACUAAGAACGGAGUGUGAACAGAUUCUCCUGCGUAAAGACAAAGAGAUGCAAGAGAUGCGCAUCGCGCUUGAUCGACUCCGCGAAACAUGCAUGGGGCAAGCGAAGGAGUUUGAGAAAAUUCAAGCGGAGAACAAGAUUCUGCGGCGCGCUGUGACCAUCCAAAACCAACAGAAGGAGGAAGCGACACAAGAGAAUGCAGCGUUGAAGCAACUUGCUGUUCAAGCGGCGGAUCACAUCAAACGACUCGAACAGACCAACUACGCUCUACGCGUUCAUCUGCACACCAGCAGCAAUGAUCAUGGCACGUCCAGCCACUUCUCACCGGACGUGUACUAAACUGUUUGAUUGCCCGCUGGUCCCAUCAUAUUUGCGCCAUCUCCACUACUUAUGUAUUUCGCCCUAGCUCCAUUCUCUCUUUAACUAUAACUCGCUCAAUAUUAACGAGAUAUGUCUUUAUCGGCGG